AUGGACAGCUCUCCCGCCUCGCCUUUGGCCCCCAGGGAUCCCAGCUCCCCUGAAUCUUCGAUCGGCGAACAAAUCGCCACUCUACAGGCCCAGCUUGCCGCUCUGCAGGCCUCGCAACCCGCCGCCGCCGCAGCCGCCGCACCCCCGGCCGUCACCGUCGUGCCGGGGAACGCCGCCACCGCAUCCAAGGUCGUGUUUCCCAAGCACGCUCGUCUGGACGGCCCCAAGUCGUUCACCAACUGGUUGCGUCAACUCCGUCUUGCACUCCCGAACCAGGUUCGUGGUUACGUUCUCGACGGUGUCGUUCCCCCGACCUGGACCGCCGACCAGCUUGCCGCACGUGACGACGCCGCCCGGGAAAUCAUCGUUGGCUCUAUCGACUCCGCCGACGUAUCGGCCACCCUCGACGCCAUCCCCAGCGACGACCUGUCGGCACCGCGCAUCUUUGCCGCUCUCAAGGCUCGUUUUGCACCGGACGACGCUACACGCACUCUCGAGUUGUUCGCUCGCCUUUGGGACUUCAGGAAGAUGCCUGCCUCCGUCGAGGCCUACGACACUUGGCUACGCGAGUACAUGUCGAUUGCUCAGGAAAUACGCGACGCCAAAACAUCGCUCAACGACGUGCUCGCCACCCACGUGCUCGCCAUGGUCCCGUCUUGCCUCGACAGCUUCCGACUCACGUUCACGGACGAGCAGCGAAACCGACGCGACCUUCCCGAACUCACGACGCUUACGGACCGCAUUCGCAUCCAGCUUCGUUCGGCAGGACUCUCGACCUCGCAUUCGGCCAUGCUUGCCACCAGCUCCCCCUGCCCCGCCUGCCGCGCUCCCGGUCACCGCCUGCGCGACUGCACUUCACGUGCGAAGCACCCGCCCACCGGCCCCUGCCGCCGAUGCCACAAGAAAGGUCACUGGGCACUCGACUGCAAGAACCGGGGUGAACAGGCACGUAGCAGCGACGACACCCAGGACGACACGUCUUCCUCCGCGGCCUCGCAACCGAACGUCGGCUAUUUCGCCUCCUGCCUCUUCGCUCGUCGCCAACUCCCAACUGACGCCUUUGUAGUCGAUUCGGGUGCCACGACACACAUGGUCGCCGACCGAUCUCUAUUCACGACUUAUCGUCAGACGGCACACACCAAGAUCGGCGGCAUCGCGGGCGGCAUCACGGCUAUCGGCAUGGGGGACGUGGCAUUCGUCGCCAAGACUGGACACCCGAUCACGCUCCGUGGUGUUCUUCACACGCCUGGCCUACACGUCAACCUCCUCUCUGUCUCUCGCCUCUGCGACACCGACCGCGUUCGUCUCGCCUUCACCAGCGACGGCAUCGACAUCGCCAAGGACGGCCGGGCCAUUGCUCACGGUACCAGGGUCAACGACGGUCUUUACCUUUUGGACGCGGAUCACACCAAGUGUCAGCAUCUUGCCUUCCUCUCACGCUCUGAGUCUCCCGUGCCCCUGCUUACCCUACACCGCUGCCUCGGCCAUCUUGCCCCAUCCUCUAUACAGAAGAUGAUUGCUGCAGGUUUGCUGGACGGGUUUGGGGCCGGGUACAGUGACAAAGACGUAGAGGAGUUUGUUUGCAAUGCUUGCCUUGGUUCCAAAGGUCACCGCCUUCCCUUUCCCGACUCUGAGUCGCAUUCCGCCGAGAGACUUGGCCUCGUGCACAGCGACGUCCUGUCGUUCCCCACUCCGUCCUUGACCGGGAAGCGCUACCUUGUCACGUUUCUAGACGACCACUCUCGCAAACUCUGGGCAUAUGCGAUCGAUCACAAAAGCGAUGUUUUCCCGACCUUCCAGACUUGGCUCGCCGAAGUGGAGUUAGAGACGAACGCGCGGUUGAGGAUCCUUCGAACCGACAAUGGCGGGGAGUACCGAUCAAACGCAUUCACGGAGUUCUGCAAAUCCAAGGGCAUUCGUCGUCAAUACUCUAUCCCUUACACGCCUCAACAAAACGGUCGCGCCGAACGUGUCAACCUCUCCAUCGUCGAGGGCGUCCUCGCUCUCCUUGCGGACGCCCGUCUGCCGGCCACCUUUUGGGAUGAAGCGGCUGCGUAUUUCGUUUAUUGCAAAAACAGGUGCUCACACUCAGCUUUGGCCAAACAGACUCCAGAAUCCGUUUGGAACGGCCAACGCACCACCGCCACCGCCCUCCACCCGUUCGGCUGCACAGCCUGGCUCACGGUCGCCCCGGACCUUCGCAGCAAGCUCGACCCCAAGGCCGCGCGCGUGAUCUUCACAGGUUACGACCUCGCCUCCAAAGCUUUCCGUUUCUUUGACCAUUCCAUCAACAAGAUUGUACUUGGUCGCAAUGCCACCUUCCUCGACGACGACUUCCCCGGCCUGCCAGUCACCACGCCCGUCGAUGCAGACGACACCGACCGUCAGUUCGUCGUUCCCGCCGACACGCCCGCCCCUGCCGUCAAGACGAGGACCCCACUAGUAAGGUCGGCGCACAUGGACGUCUCAUCCUCCCUUGAUGAUUCUGCCAUGAGCGCCGUUGACGUGGCCCCAGGGUACACUGGCGGAACCUUACUUAAUUCCACAGAUACCGAAUCGUCCUCGUCACCGUCUCCUGAGCCGUCCUCGUCACCGUCGCCCACAAACCCUUUGUCACCGUCGCCUGCGCUGUCACCGUCGUUGGCAGCGUCAUCGUCACCCUCGGUCUCACCGACCGACUCUGACUACUCCGCCGACCCUCUGGACCUCAUCGGCUCACAGACCCCGACUCGCCUUGGCCCACCGGACGUGCACCGCCCAGACUUCAGCACGUACCGUGACAGGCAACGUCGGAGGGGAUGA